UAAUAAAAAAAAAAAAAAAAAACAAUUCAAGCCUUCAAGACUGGUCAAGAAUCAAGACUGAAGCCUUCUCCCUGUUCGCCCUCCAACACUCCCAUAAUCAUUCCCCUAAUUUCUACUCCUAAUUUAUCUAGUUUUCCAAUCUUAAUUCAUUACUGAUCCGCCAUUACUGGCCUUCAAUAAAUCAAACAAGUCAAACUUCUGCUGUUGGAUUUUACUUUCUAGGUUCAAUUGAAGAUUGAAAUUUAAGGAAAUGGUCCGUAAAAAGUUGGAAAAUCGUUUAAAAGCAACAAAAUUUCAAUUAGUAUGGCCAUUUUUCGCCAUUUUGUUCAUACAUUUGCUUGCGAUUUUCCUCUUUACUCGAGGAUUUCUUCUUACUCGAAAUGAACUUCCUCAUGUUAGCAAUUGUUCGGAUGUUUCUCAGUCUCCUUGUUUUAAUUCAUCGGCAUUUUCUUUGAAUUCUUCACAAGGGAAUAAUGCAGCUUGUUGGACUAAGCCGGCUAUUGAUCGCCUUGUUAUUAUCGUUUUUGAUGCCUUAAGGUUUGAUUUUGUGGCUCCGAGUAGCUUCUUUUCAGAGAAGAAACCUUGGAUGGACAGGUUACCAGUAAUACAAAAGUUGGCAGCUGAGUUGGGGUCAUCAUCUAGGAUUUUCAAAGCCGUUGCUGAUCCACCAACAACUAGUUUACAACGUUUGAAGGGCUUGACCACUGGAGGACUACCGACUUUCAUAGAUGUGGGAAACAGUUUUGGUGCUCCUGCAAUUGUUGAGGAUAACUUUAUCCAACAGUUAGUCGAAAAUGGAAAGCGAGUUGUGAUGAUGGGUGAUGAUACAUGGUUGCAGCUGUUCCCUCACCAUUUUGAGAAGGCCUUUCCCUACCCGUCCUUCAAUGUUAAAGAUCUGGAUACAGUAGACAAUGGGUGCAUUGAGCACUUGAUUCCAUCUCUUCAUGAAGAUGAUUGGGACGUGCUAAUUGCACACUUCCUUGGAGUGGAUCACGCCGGGCACAUUUUUGGCGUUGAUACCAUGCCGAUGAUACAAAAACUGGAGCAGUAUAACAGUAUUGUGGAGGAAGUUGUUGAAACAUUAAAGAGUCAAUCAGGAUCAGGUGGCCUUCAUGAGAAUACUUUUUUAGUUGUAAUGGGUGAUCAUGGGCAAACAUUGAAUGGCGACCAUGGUGGUGGAAGCCCAGAGGAGGUUGAAACAUCAAUAUUUGCCAUGAGUUUCAAGAAUUCCAGAGUUUCUUUACCACCUGAGCUUGAUUCUGCAUCGUGUGGAUUAAAUAUAGAUGCAAAGCAUUUAUGCGCCGGCACCAUUGAGCAGCUUGAUUUUGCAACAACAAUGUCAGCAAUGCUAGGUGUUCCUUUUCCGUUUGGAAGCAUUGGGCGCGUAAAUUCACAACUGUAUGCUCUUGGUGCUGCUAAUUUUCCUUCUCAAGGUAUUCAAGUCGAAGGUCACGAAAACAAAUUAGACAACUGGCUGCCUCAUUAUGUUAACGCCCUUUGUGUCAAUGCUUGGCAGGUGAAGAGAUAUAUUGAUAUGUACUCAGCUUCUUCAGUCAUUGGAUUCCCCUUCGAAGACUUAUUGCAUGUGGAAGACUUGUAUUCGCUAGCUCAGGAGAAUUGGUUGCAUGUUGUGAAAGGUUCACUGUCCUACAUGAAUGAAAGUUCUGCUUCAUCAAUACCUGCACUAAAGAGGCAGAUUGACAUGUAUGUACAAUUUCUUGACAGUGUUAUUGGGCUUGCUCGCUCCAAAUGGACAGAGUUCAAUCUGAAGCUCAUGAUGGUUGGAUUGAGUAUUAUUUUUUUGUCAUUUAUUGUACAAGUAGUUGCUAUCAAGAGAAUGGACAAGUUUUAUGCGUCUCCUCACUCGGCUAGAUUUCCUCAGGCAUCUGUUGCUUUAUUUUUUUCAAUUCUUGCUGUCAUCGUCAGAGCCUGCAGUUUCCUUUCAAAUAGCUAUAUAUUGGAAGAAGGAAAAGUGGCAAUAUUUUUCUUGGGCACAUCUGCCAUCCUCAGUCUGCGCUAUUCAUUUAUGAACGCAAAGAUGCUAUUAGAAGCAGCUUUGUUGUUACUUUUGGUUACUACACUCAGAUUUCUUUUGGAAUUUGGGUUGUCAAAGCAGGCAGCUAACUUGUCGAAUGUUGCUUCGAUGCUUGGGGUCUCCCAGGAUCAUCCAUUUUGGUUGUUUUUAUCGUUAAGUGUGUCUAUACUAGCUCUUUUUGUAUUAGCAUACCUGUUGCUCAAAUACAUUUGCAAGAACUCUUGUCAGAGGGUUCAAAGGCUUGUUAUUUCGGGAACCAUCUUGUGUUACGUGCUUUUGGCUUCACACUGGGUCCUAGAUAGUGAACUUUUCAAUCUGAAUGUCACCCUCCAAUACAUCGAAAGAAUUUAUAUUCCUCGGGCAAUAUAUGCUGUCGGGAUUACCCAAUUGGUGGCUUUAGUGAUAAAUCAGUUGCUCAAAAAGAGGACCUCGUAUGAUCGAAAUCACUUUACUAGUCAGAUAGUCGCCAUGUUAUCUGCAUGGAGUUCUACAAUUAUACUGCUUUCAGGGAAACAAGGCCCUAUUGUUGCUUUGGCAACUGUUGCUGCAGCAUAUUGCAUUAUGAGGUUGGAGAAUUUGUCCCAAAUUGCUACAGAUGGUGCUUCUAGCAUUGUUACUUCCUAUUCUCUUUCUACAACUCAGUGGAGCCUUCUUGCAGUUGCUGUCUUUUUUAGCAGUGGUCACUGGUGUGCAUUUGAUGGCCUUCGAUAUGGUGCUGCAUUUGUAGGAUUUGACGAGUUCAUGCUUGUAAGGCAAGCAAUUCUUCUAGCAAUUGACACAUUUGGUUUCUCCCAUGUGCUACCAAUUUUUGGUCUCCCAAUUUUGGUAACCCAAAGGCACUCAAAUCAUCAGAAAAAGCAGAGCAAACUCUCCCUGUCAAUGCAGUUAUCUCAGAUAUAUUUGAUGUACGGAUGUAUCAUCACCAGUGCAGUCGGUUGUGUGGUACUGUGUGUUACUAUACAUAGGCGGCAUUUAAUGGUAUGGGGUUUAUUUGCUCCCAAAUAUGUUUUUGACGUGGUGGGCCUUAUCCUCACCGACAUUCUUAUUUGUGUGGGAUCGCUUUACUAUAUCGACCCAGUAGAAGAUGUCUCCAAGCAGAAUUGAGGCUCAUGAUAAUGUACGAUAUUGCAUUCAUUUGAGGCAAGUCGUUAUAUUCUCUCUCUCCAUUCUAUUCAUUCUUUCAAUAUUUUAUUUAGUUACUGAUACAAGGCAUUAGAUUUGGAAUAUAUCCCCAUGGAUAUGGUUUUCUCUACACUAUUACUUUCAACGAUGAGUUAGUUUUAGAUUAGCUACGCUGUUGUACUUGUUCUUCAUUUGUAAUUUGGGAAAGAUAGCGACGUUGAUGAUUUGUAUUCAAGAGUCUGAUUAUAAUCUACUUCUUCAUGUUAUAUUACUGAGAUAUUUAGUUUUGUCUUUCAAUUGUAGCUAAAUGUGGGUGAUGUAUUCUUCUCCGGAAUAAGCUUUUUAGAAUUUUUAAAAAUUUCACAUAUUUGAAGUCGACCCUAUAUAGUAAAAAUCCGAAACACGUGAUAUAUUCAGACAAUUAUGAAAAAUAGAAAUCAAAAUGCUAGAUCUCCUUGAGCAGAACUGAAAUCAAGUUAAAAGACCAAGUUUUCUAAUUAGAUAUUGAGAAAUUAUUUGUCCUGGGGAUAGUCGAGAGUUUACCCUUAGCUGUCCCAAAAGUUGGACUCUAGAUGAAGUGCUAUGUGCUAAUGCAAACAAGAAAUUAGAAGGAAUUUGUAAUGAUGUUAAAGCAUUGUAAGUACUUCGAGGGUUUUAAGAGUGGACACUGGACAGCCUAAAUAAUACCUUAAGUUUGGUACAAGGAACUUGUUAAUUGCAAAUACCCAGAUGCUAAGGGGUGCUUGGUACAAAGAGUGGAAUGAAAUCACAAAAGAUGGGGAAAUGGAAAUAAUAAGGGUUACUUUUGCAACUUGUUUGGUCAGAGAUAAAUAAAAGAAUCCGUUACCAUAGCUAAACACAACAAGAUGUAAAGGUAUGUUGUUCUCAACUGAGUUUGGCGGUUGACAGUGUUGAUAUUUGGUGCCUGAGUAGCGGUAUCUGUUUAGUAAACUCCAUACCAAACAAAAUC